AUAUCGAUGAAUAUUGUUGCAAGUAUCGAUGAUAAAUCUCUUCACUUGAGAAAUGAAAAUUUCCUCUUAUAAUCCAUAUUCUGUCUAAUCUUGUUUUUAAUUAGUUUCCGCAUACUACAGCAUCUGUUACAACACGUGGCAAUUCUUUCUACUCUCUCUCUUUCUAUACAUUCAUACCGUUAAUAAUCAUGGCUGGACCUUCUAGAAGUAUACCAAUCGGUAAAGUUAAAGUUACUGAAGGACCUAUCGACUAUGUGCAAAUUGAUGGACUUGUUAUACUCAAGAUUAUUAAACAUUGCCAAGAAGAAGGAGGUGCAACCGCUGAAAUUCAAGGUGUAUUGCUUGGUUUAAUUAUGGACAGGCGUUUAGAAGUUACCAAUUGUUUCCCUUUCCCUAGACACAUGGAGGAAGAUGAUAUUGAUGAAACUGAAUAUCAAUAUGUUAUGAUGAGACAUUUAAGAAAUGUCAAUGUUGACCAUCUUCAUGUUGGUUGGUAUCAAAGCAACCCUUAUGGCAGUUGCCUUUCAAAAAUUGAAACAGUUGAUGCUCAGUUCAUGUAUCAAGCAGCCAUUGAAGAAUCAAUUGUGCUAUUUUAUGAUCCAGUGCGAACAGCAAAAGGUUUCCUUUCUUUAAAAGCUUAUCGUCUUACAAAUUUGGCUAUCAAACUCUGUAAAGAAGGUGUCUUUUCAAUUGAUACUCUUAAGGAGAACAAUAUGUCAUUCGAUAAAUUUUUCGAGGAAAUUCCUGUCAAGAUUCAUAACUCCUACCUCGUGAAGGGACUUUUGUGUGAAAUUGAGGAUAAAAUGGCCGAAGAUGAAGGUAAACAAUUCCUUGAUAUGGGCCGAGUUUCUAUGCUGGAAAAGACUCUUCAUCCAUUAAUGAAGUGUAUUGAUGAUGUUGCUAAAUGGACCAACUACCAACGAAACUUUGCUUUGAAGCAACAGCAAAUUUCAAAAGAAAAUGCUGCUCGUCAAGCUCGGGGUGAACCACCAAUGUCUGAAGAAGAAAUCAACAAGAUAAUUAAGGCUGUAUUGCCUCUUCAAAGAUUGGAAGCUCUUCUUAAUUAUUGUCAAACUCUCAAUUAUUGCCAGUUGAGUUCAACUGUUGCAAGUCAAAAUAUUGCUAAACUUUUCAUGGCAAAAGGUUUAAGUGAACCCAACAAACCUGAACGGAACUAAUUUAAUUCUGCUCUUUAGGUAUUAAUUUUUGUGAUUAAUAAAUUAAUAUUACACAAAAUA